AUGGAACCUCCUGUUGGGGAUGAAGAAUAUAAUUUAGAUGAAAUUUUUCCUACGUAUAAACUCGAUUAUGAAAGCGUGACCAAAAAUUUUGAUAGUGGAUAUAUAGGAGAUUGCAGCAUUAUAAGUCAAAAAUUUCAUAAUGAUGAGGAAAAUAAAUUCGUAAACCCCUGUCUAAAGUUCAUACACUAUUUAAAAUAUAUAAAAAAAAAUCUUUCUAUUGUUGAUAAAAAAAAAAGUUGUAAAUACUUCAACUACAUGCUAAUGUAUGAACUUCAAAAAAUUGACAAUUCUUUUGAAAGAACAAACGAAUGUUACAACACAAUGAUUAAUGAAUACUCGAAUAAAACUCACGGAAUUGAUAUAUGCAAGGGCAAUAUAGAAGAAUUUAAUAAAGUUAUUUUUGACAAAUUCCAAAAAAUAGAUUCAUUAUAUGAUAUUUUUUAUAAAUUUACUAGUACCCAAGAGGAGGGGGGUAGUGAAAAAUGCGAUUUAGGUAAAAAGUGUAGUGAACAAUAUUAUACUCUAAUAAACAUAUGCGAUCAAAAUAGUAAUAUAGGUUUCUGUAUGGCCUUAGAUAAAUUCAGAGAUUCUUAUAAUUUUCAUAUGAAAAAUGAAUCCGAGUGUGAUAAAGUCCCUAGAUACCUAUAUUCCCCCUUUGGGACGGAAAGGCGCCGUACAUUUUCUAUUUCGCUUAUUACAAUGUUUGCAAUGUCAACAAUAUUGUUCAUUGUAUAUAAGUUUACCCCAGUUUAUUCUUGGUUGCACUCUAUAUUAAGGAAGAAAAGUAAAAUUCGAAAUGAUCUAUACGAAGAAUCCCGCAAUUUAAAAAAUAAUGAUAACAUAAAAAAAAAUAAUUCGAAAAACAGUCCAUUGAAUAUACAGUAUCAUUCUUCAGAAAAUACAUAA